AUGUCCAGCUUACUGGAUAUGUCACUCGACGACCUCAUCCGCAAGAGCAAGGAACAUGGAGGGCAUGACAGUAUUUCCAGAAGCAGAGGCACAGGCUCCGGUUCGAUUUUGGGUCCAGGCCCAGACCGUUGGGUCGUCCGUCGUAAUCUGACCCGACCCAAACCCUACUCGGUAAGACCAGCGUGGGUAAUGGAAGUGCAGCAGGAGCCAAUAAUGUUAGCAGCAAGUGAAGGGUCUAAUGGAGAGGCUAAAUUAUAUGUAUCAAACUUGGAUUAUGGUGUUUCUAAUGAGGAUAUUAAGGUGCUUUUCUCUGAGGUUGGUGAAUUGUUGAGGUACUCACUUCAUUAUGAUAUGAGUGGGAGAUCCAAGGGAACAGCUGAAGUUGUAUUUGCACGCCAAAUAGAUGCUCUAGCGGCCAUCAAGAGAUACAAUAAUGUUCAGCUUGAUGGGAAGCCACUGAAAAUUGAGCUUGUAGGAGUUAAUAUCAUAACUCCUGUUCCUGUGCCCGUAAUUUCAACUACCAACUUGGCAAAACCAAAUGGUUCUGUUAGAAGGCCAUAUCUAGCAUUGUGGGCUUCGCGCUGUAAAUUCUAUAAGCACGGGCCUCCCAUGGAAAUCCCCCAUCCAGUUCAUGGUCUUUUCUUGGAUGAUGUUAGUGAAGGAAAAAGAAAGUUUAGAAGUGCUAAACAGUGGCAUGAUGUCAUUGCAUUAGCAAUAUUUGCAUCAUUGCAUGGGAACUUGCAUUUUGGUGUUUUUCAUUGUGUUCAUGAAAGAAUUGGUGCUAGGGGAAGGGGCCAUGGUGGCAGCAGCGGCAAUGGCAGCAGUGUUCAAGAAUUUGCCAGGGGCCAUGGGCAAGGGAGACACCGUGUCGAGAAGCUAACUGCAGAAUCACUUGAUUCUGACUUGGACAGAUACCACUUUGAAGCCAUGAAACUAAAGUGA